UGACGUAGUACGCAACUGUCCGCAGCUCAAGGCCUGCCAGUGGACGGAAGCUUACAGUGAUCGAGCGCAGAGCUGGUGUCUUGAAGAGGAAAACAAGACGAACUCAGCAGGCUCCCGACCUCAGAGACACCGGUGCGGCCCUGAAGGGGCUCUAGAGCUGGCUGUGUCCCUGUUGAGAGGGUUUUUGAAGGGGAAGUUCUUCUUGAAUGCCCAAGACACAGUCAGUAGGGUUUUCACCAUGAACAGGAAUAAGCGUGAGAAGGAGUAUUACAGCAUAGAUGUAGGAGACUCCACGUUCACCGUUUUGAAGCGCUAUCAGAAUCUGAGACCGAUCGGGUCUGGAGCACAGGGCAUCGUCUGCUCAGCGUAUGAUCACGUCCUGGAACGAAAUGUUGCGAUUAAGAAACUCAGCCGACCCUUUCAGAACCAAACCCACGCCAAGCGAGCCUACAGAGAACUGGUCCUGAUGAAAUGUGUCAACCACAAAAAUAUAAUUGGCUUAUUACAUGUAUUCACGCCACAGAAGACACUCGAAGAGUUCCAGGAUAUGUAUCUGGUGAUGGAGCUGAUGGAUGCUAACCUGUGCCAGGUCAUUCAGAUGGAGCUGGACCACGAGAGACUCUCAUAUCUGCUUUAUCAGACGCUCUGCGGCAUCAAACACCUGCACGCUGCUGGCAUCAUACACCGGGAUCUGAAGCCCAGUAACAUAGUGGUGAAAUCGGACUGUACUCUGAAGAUCCUGGACUUCGGUCUGGCCCGGACGGCUGCCACCGGUCUCCUCAUGACUCCGUACGUGGUGACGCGGUACUACCGAGCGCCCGAGGUCAUUCUGGGGAUGGGUUACCAAGCCAAUGUGGAUGUCUGGUCUGUGGGCUGCAUCAUGGCAGAAAUGGUCAGAGGUAGUGUGUUGUUUCCCGGCACGGACCACAUCGACCAGUGGAACAAGGUGAUCGAGCAGCUGGGCACGCCGUCUCAGGAGUUCAUGCUGAAGCUCAACCAGUCUGUGAGGACGUAUGUGGAGAACCGGCCCCGCUACGCUGGAUACAGCUUCGAGAAGCUCUUCCCCGACGUGCUGUUCCCCGCAGACUCCGACCACAACAAACUGAAGGCGAGCCAGGCGCGAGACUUGUUGUCUAAGAUGCUGGUGAUCGAUGCGUCCAAGCGGAUCUCUGUGGACGAGGCUCUCCAGCACCCCUACAUCAACGUGUGGUUCGACCCGGCAGAAGUGGAAGCGCCUCCGCCGGCCAUCAGCGACAAACAGCUGGACGAGAGAGAACACACGGUGGACGAGUGGAAAGAGCUAAUAUAUCAGGAAGUGAUGGACUGGGAGGAACGAACGAAAAACGGCGUGGUCCGAGGACAGCCGGCUUCACUAGCACAGGUGCAGCAGUGAGCAAUGACUCCCAUGAGUCCUCCUCAAACGCGGUCUCGUCCAUGUCCACCGACACAGACAGCAGUCAGGAGACGAGCGCAGGACCGCUGCGCUGCUGCAGAUGACUAUCCUCCUCCUCCAUCAUCAUCAUCAUCAUCCAUGCUAGCUCACGUCAGUCCUCCUUUCUGUCUCAAACUGACACCUUCUUCUGAGCGGAGUGUAAGUGUAAGAACGGAGGUACGAGUUUUGGAGGGUAUCUUCAAAACCAGCAUUACUCCGAUCGCUUUCGUUUUCCACAGAUGAAGCUACUGCUGCGCCAUCUUGCCAUUCAGAUGUGGACUGAUUGAGUUUAUUUCUAUUAUAAAGAUGAAUGGGGAAUAUAUUUUUAAGGUGUUUCAUUGUUUUGUGUUUCUCUUCUUUUUUUUUGAGAGAGAGAGAGUCACUAAUAAGUGGAAGUUCAUUAAACGGCACAUCUGUUUCCUGGAUAAACCAGUGUUUCCUCACGGUUAAUACUGCUUUGGAGUCAGUGGUGUAUAAAUCCCAGUUUGUCUGGCAGCAGACCGGACGUUUUGGACGUUUUGUCUUGUUAAACACGUUUGGGUUUUCAGUCGUCUCUGUAUGUAAUCUAGUGUGUACAUAUUUCAGCUUUAGACACAGAACACAGUAACCCAGUUUCCAUUACACUUCAGCCUGAUGUAAAGGUCUUGUCUGAACACUUGGUUAUUAUGAUCUGAAACCCAAACUGGGUGUUUUGCUCAUGCAUAUGAAACGCUUAUGAUCUGUAAUACUCAAACUGCAUCAAUCAGAGCGCUCUUUUUUUAAUAAUAAUGUUGUUUCAGAUGGAGCAGUCAUGCUAAAUGAAUGGAGACGUAUUAGAUUGGAGGCUCAGAAUGAUAUGUACGCUAAAGAAUAGCCCAUCGGUAUCAGAUACUUUCCAUUCUAAUGCUUAGAAAAAUGUGAUUGAGUCCUAGUGUGUGUGAAAGAUGAGGAAAUUUAAGUGAGGUUUUUCUAAAGUAAUACCGCUCCUAUCAUGUUGGAGUGUCUAUUUUUCGGUCGUGCUGGACGUAUGUGAUGUCGAUUGAAAGGUCGGGGCAUGUAGAGAAGAUGAGCUGGAAAGGAAAGCAAAUUGGAAAGUUUUUGGUAUGUGUUUAUGGUUUGCAGCUUUAUUUUGUUUAUGAAAAUAUGCAAAAUAUUGCAUCAAAUGCUGUAGGUGGGAACUCCAUUUCCCAUGAGGCAGUGCGGUGGAAUGUACAUGCGGGAUAGAUGGGAGUUGUAGGAACUAAAGGUUUGAGUUUGAAUAAUGAUUUUAAGUGCUCUUAUUUUAUUCUUCGCUCUCUUUAAGGGAAGUUGAUGGAUUUUAACUUUAGAUUGUUCAUUGCAUCUGCUUUUAUUUCAUCUCUCAGAAAUGUUAUGAUUCAGAUGAAGUAGGCUUUGAUGAACUACCUCACUCUAAAUUUCUACAGAAUUCUCUUUUCUUUCUUCUCUGCGUGACUAGCUGCCUGUAAGACGGAUGUUAAUACAGAUCUCAUUAUUUAUUUAUUUCUGAAGUGAACUAUUGUCAAUAGUAGGCAAGGUAUAGUUUUGUACAUUAUGUAUAUUUCACCUAGAAGUAAAAGAACUGAAAUGUAAAUUUGAUCUUUUUUGUUUAACUUUACUUUGUACUCAUUUUUUACAGUUCAUGUGCAAUACCCACUGCUGUCACGAUCGACAGAUCUAGACUUAUUCGUUUUAUGAACCCCGAGGUAGAGAUAUGUUUGGUACUGUCAGAUACAUUCAUGUUUUUGUCUUUUUAAAUCUGGAUUUUAUUUGUAUUUAUUGUUUUCCAUUUGGCUUAUACUGUCAAUGUUACAUAACCCAUUUUACCAAAAACACAAAUCUGUGGCUGAUGUUAGCAGGUUGUUAAGUUUAGCCACUGGACUCUGAUUCAAGGCAUCUGUAAAAUAUCUUCAAAUAGUACCAACAUGUUGAGGUGUGUAAUAUUGGCUAGCAAUGCCAGCCCUACAGUUAUAUAGACAUGGCUAGCUCUGUGUGUGCUAAACGGCGUACAGACACUGAGAAGACACUACUACACAGAAUCCACUGGGAUCUUAUGAUACCAAAUAUAUAUGUGCUGCAAAUAAACACCAGUUUGAAUCAGAA